GGGACGUAAGUUGUGGUUUAAACGCGGAGUCUGGCGCGACCGCUGGAGCCGUGUCUUGCGAGAGUUUGGCUGUUACUCCGAAUGUGGGUGAACCGAGAGUUGAUCCAGAAUGGCUACUCUGAUCUAUGUUGAUAAGGAAAAUGGAGAACCAGGCAUCCAUGUGGCUCCUAAGGAAGGGCUGAAGCUGGGGUCUGUACCUUCAGUCAAAGCUUUAGAUGGGAGAUCUCAGGUUUCAACACCACGUGUUGGCAAAAUGUUUGAUGCUCCACCAGCUUUACCAAAAACUGCCAGAAAGGCUUUGGGAACUGUCAACAGAGCUACAGAAAAAUCAGUUAAGACGAAUGGACCGCUCAAACAGAAACAGACAACUUUCUCGACCAAAAAGAUUACUGAGAAGACUGUUAAGGCAAAAAGUUCGGUUCCUGCCUCAGAUGACACCUAUCCAGAAAUUGAAAAAUUCUUUCCCUUCGAUCCAUUAGAUUUUGAGAGUUUUGACCUGCCUGAGGAGCACCAGAUCGCACACCUCCCCUUGAAUGGAGUGCCUCUCAUGAUCCUUGAUGAGGAGAGGGAGCUUGAGCAGCUGUUACAUGUGGGCCCCCCUUCGCCUCUGAAGAUGCCUCCUCCGCUGUGGGAGUCUAAUCUGUUGCAGUCUCCCUCAAGCAUUCUGUCCACUCUGGAUGUUGAAUUGCCACCUGUUUGCUGUGACUUAGAUAUUUAAAUUUCUUAACACUUUAUAGUUUGGGUAUGUAUUAAUAGUUUGUAUUAAUAAAGCAAUUCUUUGUUUAACAGA